AUGAGAAUGGAGAAGAUAAAUGACUCUUUGACAAUAGAGUUCAUCCUUGUGGGAUUCUCAGAUUACCCAGACCUGAAGACCCUCCUGUUUCUGGUGUUCUCUGCCAUCUAUCUGGUCACCAUGGUGGGGAAUAUCGGACUUGUGGUCUUGAUCUACAUGGAACCCCGUCUUCACACACCCAUGUACAUCUUUCUGGGCAACCUGGCUCUCAUGGAUUCCUGCUGCUCCUGUGCCAUCACUCCCAAGAUGCUGCAGAACUUCUUUUCCGUGGACAGAAGGAUUUCUCUCUAUGAAUGCAUGGCACAGUUCUAUUUUCUCUGUCUUGCUGAAACUGCAGACUGCUUCCUUCUGGCAGCAAUGGCCUAUGACCGCUAUGUGGCAAUAUGCAGCCCACUGCAGUACCACACCACGAUGUCCAAGAAGCUCUCCAUUCAGAUGAGUAUAGCCACCUUCAUAGCUAGCAACUUGCAUUCUAUGAUACAUGUAGGCUGUCUCCUAAGGUUAACUUUCUGUAAAUCAAACCGCAUUGAUCACUUCUUCUGUGACAUUCUUCCACUCUAUAGGCUGUCCUGUACAGACCCUUUUAUUAACGAACUAAUGAUAUAUGUUUUUUCAAUGCCAAUUCAAGUCUUUACUAUUACCACUGUCUUGGUCUCUUAUUUCUGCAUUCUUUUCACUAUUUUCAAGAUGAAAUCCAAGGACGGGAGAGGGAAAGCAUUUUCUACGUGUGCGUCCCACUUUCUUUCUGUGUCAAUAUUCUACAUCUGCCUUCUCAUGUAUAUUCGACCAUUUGAAGAAGGGAAUAAAGACAUUCCAGUGGCUGUAUUUUAUACAGUUAUAAUUCCUUUGUUAAACCCUUUUAUUUACAGCCUUAGAAAUAAGGAAGUUUUAAAUGCUGCAAAGAAAUUUCUAAGUACUUAUAGUACUUUUAAAAAAUCUUCAACUUCUACAGCUGAUUAA